GAGACAUCUGUACUUUUGGAUUGAGUUAGGAUUGUAUCCAAAAACUUCCCUUUUUUUCCCUCCCUAGGAUCGCAAGCCAAUUUGUACAUUUCCCUGGCAUUUCCACCAUCGCGAUUGCACUGCGCCCCUGGACCUGGACAUCUGCCUUUUUCGCUUGGCCGCACCUGAUGCAUUCUUGACAUUGAAUCCCUUCGUUUCAGCGUUUUUGUCAGACUGCAUCUUUGUCUUCGACUAUCAACCACCACAACCUCUAUUUCUCCCCGCGCAUUCGACCUGACCACCGGCAUCGACGAUCGGUUCCGCGGAAUACCUGCCGUCUCUCUCCGUCCUUUCCACUCCGAUCGACCCUAACGUACUCACACUCUUCCCGAGGCGGAAACUAAGUCUGCAAAACUUGUUUAAAGCAAUUCGACAUUCUACAGGACUUCUCGACUCUUGACAGUUCCUCCGCACAACGACCCUUCACCUCAUGGAAUGCUAUAGUUCGUGGCGAUGAACUCCAUUAACAUCCUGACGGCCCGUGUGUCGCCGCCUCCGAGUCCGACUCAAUCACGAUCCAACAGCAUAGGCUCCCUCGUAGGCUUGGCCUCCGAAGACGACCACCAGCAUGGCGACCACAGACCUUCCGACGAGAACGAGACCGAGCCCUUCCCCCAGGAUACCUUUGACGAAUCGCGAUUCGAAACUGAGAAGCCUGGUGAGGAAACCCCGUUGCUAGGUGAUACAGGCGAGAAUCAGACGAGGAGCUCAUGGUGGCACUCUAUUCCUCGGCGAAUCGCUUCCAGCAUCAUUGGUUCUCUUCGGUGGGUUCUUGCGACUUUGGCUUCGCCAGGUGUAUACCUCAUUGCUUGUUUUUACGACGAGUAUGGCAAUUUCGCACCCUUCUCGCAACUUGGUAAAUUGUUUGGGCUAGGAGGUGGGAACAAGGCUAUGGACGAGCCCAACCAUGUUUCUGAGAAGGAAUAUGGUAGAACUACAGGAUAUCGGAGGUUAUCACCAAAGCCUAGACAUACAUCUUCUUCUUCGACGUCAUCGGGUCUCUCAUCGGAAUCGGAAUCGGAUGCUGGAUCGCGCUCUAGCAGUCGGCACGCUCGGUCCAAAUCACUGCAGCCAGCAGAGGAAAACGGACCUGCUCGAAGGUCAAUCAGGAUUAAACUCAACAGCGACGAAGAUCUUAGACAACGGAAACACAGGAAAACGCAAUCGGCAGUCGCGCGAACCAAGGCAAGCGAUCUGGGUAGCGGCGACCUUUCAGCACAUCUCAAAUCUCCGACUUCUCCUAUCGCAGCGCUCACCAGAUACCCCAAGACUCCAGCACCGCCUCGACCUUUGAUUCCGCGCAGACAGCCCUCUUACAUCAAUCUCGAGCCACCCUCGAGCCCGCAAAAGACAUUGAUUCUCGAUCUCGACGAAACUCUGAUACACAGCAUGUCCAAGGGAGGCAGAAUGAGUACCGGACACAUGGUUGAGGUGCGCCUGAACACGACAUACGUGGGGGUUGGUGGACAAACAUCGAUUGGGCCACAGCAUCCGAUCUUAUACUGGGUUAACAAGCGACCGUACUGCGAUGAGUUCCUGAGACGAGUAUGCAAGUGGUACAAUUUGGUUGUGUUUACAGCGUCAGUACAGGAGUAUGCGGACCCGGUGAUUGACUGGCUAGAGACGGAAAGGAAGUUUUUCUCGGCACGAUACUAUCGACAACACUGCACAUUCCGACAAGGCGCUUUCAUCAAGGAUCUGGCCUCGGUCGAAUCGGACCUGAGCAAGGUGAUGAUUUUGGACAACAGUCCGUUGAGUUAUCUGUUUCAUCAAGACAAUGCGAUUCCCAUUCAGGGCUGGAUCAAUGACCCGACGGAUACGGACUUGAUGCAUCUGGUGCCGUUGUUGGAAGGAUUGCAGUAUGUACAUGAUGUUAGGGCGCUGCUGGCCCUGCGGGGUGGUGAAGACGGACAGCACAUGGCAUAACUUAUGAUAUUUAAUAUGGAGUCAAUAAUGAACGGUUUCCACUUCUCAUGGC